AUGGCUCCGGUGGCAGAUUCCGAGCCGCAAUGGCCCCCUCGAUCUCCUCAUGAAGCUAGAUUAAGCACCCCCCGCGGUCGCCAGCGCUAUCGAGAGAUGAUGAACCAGACAUCGCCGUCCCCGUCGCCCAUGAGAAGCGCCAAAGCUUUGGCUGCGAUAACCGGUUCGCCUGGUGCUGGCUUGGGUAUCAGCCUGCCCGAGGAUGACGACGACGACGACGACGACGACGAAGAAGACGAGGAGACCCUGCAGCUGAAACUGCAGGAAAUUCAAGCCAAAUUAAGGCUGAAGAAGCUCCAGAACGCCAAGGCUAGAGAGCAGGCCGCCCUGCAGCAAGGCAAGGGAGGAGAGCCGGUUCCCGACCCUGCCGCCGCGCCUGGUCCACGCCGCCGCACAGCUCGAGCGCAAACGCCCGGCGCCGACGAGAAUCCGCAACCAGCAUCGCAGGGCCAUAUCCAGGUACCCGCAUCGCCCGUGCGGAAGCUUCAGUUUCUACAGCAGCAGACUUCGCCUAGCAGGGUGGUCUUGGGCAUCGACAAGGGACUGCGGGCUAAAGACGUCUCGUUGAAGCGUGUGCCCAGUCAAAGCAAAGGCAAGACAGGCUUUCCGUCCCAGGCGGACGGGUAUCUGAACCGCUCCAAAUCAGCACCAUCUCCUGCGCUCUCCUCGGAGCCGUCCCGGCCUUUGAGUUUCAACGAGAGGCUGGCAUCGGCCCGGACAGAGGAAGCAGAACGGGCUGGGAGGAUGGAAAAGUUGCAAAAAGCUCGCACUCAUGCCUUUGCCAUGGGACGGGAUGAGAUGGAACACUACAAAACAAAGGCCGUCGAUAUUCCGGAUAGACCCCCACCACCGCCAACGUUUACUCGUGACGAAGUCUUGGCCAACGGGCUGCCCUCCAAACUGCCUCGAAGCGGGACCGCACCCAGCCCUCGAUCCCUGCAAUACCCGCAGCUGGACGGACUAGAGCCCGACGCAUUGUCUUCAUCAGAGACUGCCCAGACUGCCCAGACUGCCCAGACUGCGGAUGAAAAGACGUCUUUUGAGGCUUAUUCUUGUUUGCACCUGUCCAGGCGCAUCCUCCCGCACAUUGUCGUGGCCAGGCACGUUUCCGGAAAACACGUCCUCAACGUCAAGGACCUCCUGAGAGAGGUCAAGGCGCCAGACUUUUCCCUCCCAGACGUUGAACAGGAUGUGGUUGUGUUUGCGGUGGUGGCGCGCAAGUCGGAGCCGCGAGCGCAUAAGCCAGCGGCGAACCAAAAGCAAGAAGAUCGAGGCAAAUACCUCGUCAUCACGCUGACAGACCUCGACCUGGAGCUGGACCUCUUUCUCUUCAACUCUGGAUUCACCCGUUUCUGGAAGCUGACCGAGGGCACCGUUGUGGCGAUUCUCAACCCAGGCAUCAUGCCGCCGCCGCCGGGGAGGCAGGACACGGGCCGCUUCGGCCUGGUCAUCAACUCUGACGAGGACACCAUCCUCGAGGUUGGCUCCGCCCGUGACCUCGGCUUCUGCCGAUCGGUGAAGAAGGACGGAGACCUGUGCGGCGCCUGGGUGAACAAGAAGAAGACGCACUUUUGCGAGUACCACUCCAACGAGGCUCUCGGCAAGCAACGGCGCGCACGGCUAGAGGUGAACUCUAGCGGGUUCGGCGGCUGGGACCGCGGAAGCAAGCCCGGGGCGGGUCGCAAGGAUGCCAGGGGAAAGGGCAGCAGCAACUACGACUGGGAGACGAGGACGCAAUGGUUCGCUGCUCGGUCACACAGUGCCGCGGAUCUGAUUGACGGGAAAGACCGGACGGCGGCAGACCGCAAAGAGCGGGCAGAAUUCGUCAAGCGCAACCUGGAGGCAAAGGAAAAGGAGCGCGAGAUGAUGAAGAAGCUCGGCAGGAUCGGAAACGCAGCAGGGCGAGAGUACAUGGAGCGAGCCGGUCUCGACGCUUGCGGCGGCGGCGCAGGCUCGGCGCGUCCGUCGUCAGGGCCAGCCGACGGACCACCACUGUCAUCAAGGGAUGGUGGUGGCCAGAACGAGCCUGCUGCCUCUGGCGUCCUGUCCCUCGGCCUCGGUGCCAGAGACGGUGCCGUGCACCUCAGCCCGAUCAAGCGGAAGCGGCCGGACAGCUCGCAGGCCAGCUCCACCGUCGGUAGCACCAAAUGCUCCUCGUCCUCGUCCGCGGCCGGCUACGGGUGGGGAUCGAAGCUCAAGGAGAAGCUGUCGAGCAUGAAGCAAGGCGAGAGACUGCUGCUGCAGGCGGACCCGCCGCCGACGCGCAAGAAGACGCGGUUUGUCACGGCAAAGGGGAUCCGGGAAGCAGGCCGAGAGAGCCUCGGCAAGGACUACUUGGACAGGCAGAUAUCCUUUGGUGAUGACGACGACGAGGAGCUAGUCAUCGUAUAA